AUGUCCCAGCCCCAGCGCGUUACGAUAGGCUCGUGCGUCAAGUUAUCUAUAGUCGAUGCCAGAGCUCGCGAUUAUCUGGCCAACGAGCGUACGCUUUUGGCUCACACUCGGACUGCUUUUGCCUGUGUCGGUCUUGGUGUUGCUCUCUCUUCCACGGGGCUAAAUACCAACGACCGCAGCUCCGCAAGCAUAGGUCUUAUGCUUGUCAUUCUCGGAGUCAUCAUCUUUGUCUACGCCACUCCUCGCUACUAUUUCAACCUUGUUUCCAUAGCCCAGAAUUCGUUUGCCCUCGACUACACGACCCCGGCCUUUUUUACGCUCGUAAUGCUCACAGCUGCAGCAUUAUCCUUUUAUUUACAGUCCCUAGUGUACGCCGAAAUUAUGUCACAGGAGAGAUUUCGUCAAUUGCAAUCUGUUCUUGAGACUGAGGUUGAAGGAUAUUUGAAGGUCAUCAGGAGAAUUGGAAUACCACGGCGGAGAUACUUCCGUCUAUCUGGUGCCGUGUUGUACGAAUAUCCAAGUGGAGAAGAUGUGAUCCAAAACUUUGACCCUCGGGAGGGUAUUGUGUAUCGCGUCCUCAACGCGAAUAGAGCAAAACGCGAGAUAAUAAUCAUGGUUUCCAAUCGAAAGAGACACCUCACACUUUUUGCAAAAUGCGGUACUGAAUACGAUCUUUGGAAGGAUGCCCUCACAGAGGCGUCGGAGAGAGACAUAUUUAAGAAAUACGAACUCGGGAGGAGACUGGGGAGCGGGUCUUACGGAGAAGUGUUUUAUGGCACCCACAGGGAAUCGGGGAUGCCUGUUGCUAUAAAACGAAUCGCGAAAACAUCAAAAAGCCGAUACUUCGAACGCGAAGUCAAUGUUGUAAAAAGCAUUCAUCAUUCGAACAUUGUCAAAACAUACGAUAUAUACGAAACAAUGGAGUAUUUGUAUCUCGUGCUUGAAUACAUGCGCGGAGGAGAACUGUACGAAGUGCUCGCCAAGGUCGGAACAUUGUCUGAAAAGAAAGCCAGCCAUGUUAUUCGUUCAAUUCUGGAGGCUUUGUCUUACUUGCAUCGACACGGAAUUGUUCAUCGUGAUUUGAAGCCGGAGAACAUUUUAUGCAAAAACACGGAUCCGAACACAUUAGAGGUAAAAAUAGCAGAUUUCGGGCUCGCUGGCGUUAUGGUGACGGCAAAAAAAACCAUGACCUCCUACGUAGGAAGUCCAGCGUUUUGCGCCCCAGAGGUAUUGCGAAAGGUCAAGUAUGGACCCCCGGUCGAUAGUUGGGGUGUGGGCGUCAUUCUCUUCAACAUGCUCACUGGAAGGCUUCCGUUUGAAGGGCGUACCGCUAAGGAAACUGUGAAACUUGUGAAAACUGCACAAUACGAAAUGCCAUCAAGAGAAUGGAGAGGAAUCUCCGCUGAGGCUCAGAGCCUAGUGAAGAGUCUUCUUCAAGAGGACCCGCUCAAAAGACUUAAUGCACAAGCAGCAACACAUCAUCCAUGGCUUGAGACGAACUCAGAUCACCCGCUUCAACACGAUGUCUCCUUGCUCUACAAUCGGAGAGCAGCAGUUAAGCGAACAAUGAGAGGAGUCAUAGCGACGUCCAGGAUGAAAACAUUAAGCUUGCAGUUACCGGAUAAGGGAAAGCUACCUCGGGAUGGGAAGAGUAUGACGGCUAAGGAUCAACUUCUUUUAGCACACAUAUCUAAAUACAUGCGCGACGCUUCAUAA